AUGCGUCGUGCACUUUUCCCAACCGAAGGCGAAACAAAAGUACUUCUCCUCAGCAACACGCACUCUCUUCUUCCAUUGUCUCUCCUUCUCCUCCAUUUCCCUAGGGUUUCGGUUCCUCGUCAGAGCCCUAACCCUGCCUCACACUCUCAGAUCCAAAAUCCUAACCCUAGCUUUACAUAUAUUCUCGAACUGGAAUUCGCAGAGUGUGGUGGUGAAGCACUAAGAUACAAGAAUGACUUCAUCGGCGGCGACGAUGGUGAGCUCGGCCGGAGGGCUACUGGCGAUGCUGAACGAGAGCCAUCCAUUGCUGAAGCUUCAUGCUCUCUCCAAUCUCAAUGCUUUCGUUGACUACUUCUGGCCCGAGAUCUCCACUUCCGUCCCCAUCAUGUAUAUUCCAAUUCCAUUAUGUGUCUCUGUGUGUGUAAUUCUGUAUUUAUAGAAUUAGGAUUUUUUUAUUUGACUAUUGUUGAUUGUUGGUGGCA